CGGCUCUCCUUACCUGAAGCACAUCAACGUUUCAGUCAGCCUUUCUCCUCUCUCCCCCUCACAUUUGUGAUCAGUUUGCUAAUUACUCCAGUUCUUUGUUUCAGUAAUCAACCUCCCAGUAAUUAAGCUCCUCUCUAUCAGUCACUCCUCGCUGGUUCCUCCCAUCAUUUCCCUGUGCUUCCCAGUAUUCUCCCAGUGUCUCCUGGCUGGAUGAUCCUAGAUCUAUUUUAUAUUUCAUAACUUUUUCAUUAAAUCAUCAAAUCCACUUGCUGCCUUUGUUUGAAACCAGCCAGCUGGACCCAGCAGAGAUUCUCCAAGCACAUUUUUGACCAAGUCAUGGCGGGUAACUCUUCAUCAUCUUCAUCUGAGUGGGCUUAUCCACCGUCUCCACUUUUAACAACCCUAUGGAGAGAAAUAUCCUGGGGAAACAAACAGGAACUUCUGCAGUACAUGAAGAAUGUUCAACCUCAAAAUAAAGAAGUUAAAGUGAUCAGAGUUCUACUCUGUGGACCGGUCGGUGCAGGAAAGUCCAGCUUCAUCAACUCUGUCAACAACGUCCUGCAAGGGAGGAUGACCCAGGAAGCUCUGGCCAGUUCCACAACCUCUGAUCAAAGUUUUACAAAAAUAUAUCAAACCUAUAAAAUCAAGAAAGAAAGCAGGGGAAACUUUUACCCCUUUGUGUUCAAUGACAUCAUGGGCCUGGAGGAAAAAACUGGAGUCAGAACAGACGACAUCAAACUGGCCUUGAAGGGUCAUGUGAAGGACGGAUAUAAGUUCAAUCCUAUAUCUUCACUUUCCGAUGGUGAUCCUAGCUACAACUCUUCCCCGUCCGUCAGUGACAGAGUUCAUGUUUUGGUUCACAUUUAUGACGCUAAUGCACCACAAAUGAAGUCGUCUGUUUUGCAAAAAAUGAAGGAAGUCAGAGAAGCAGCCAGUGAGCUGGGAAUCCCUCAGUUGGCGAUUCUCACCCACAUUGAUGCAGCUUGUGAGGAAAUGGAGAAAAAUCUGACAAACGUCUACAAGAGCAAAUAUUUACAGAAACAGAUGACUGACUUCAGCUCCAGCCUGGGAAUCCCAAUGAACUGCAUCUUCCUAAUGAAGAACUACACUCAUGAAAUUCAGCUGAAUCCAGACGUCGACACUCUAAUCCUGAGUGCUCUGAAACUGAUGAUUAACUUCGGAGACGACUACGCCUACAAACUGUUGGGCUCUUUGUUCCCAGUCAUGGGGAAUCAGCAUCCAGAACCUCUUUUAACAACUCCAUGGAGAGAAAUAAAAUGGGGAAACAACGAGGAACCUCUGCAGUACACAAGGAACUUUCAACCUCAAAAUAAAAGAGCCAAAGCGAUCAGAGUUUUACUCUACGGACCAGUCAGUAUGGGGAAGUCCAGCUUCAUCAACUCUGUCAACUCUGUUUUACAAGGGAGAAUGACCAACAAAGCUCUGGCCAGUGCAACAACCUCUGAUCAAAGCUUCACAAAAUCGUAUCAAACCUAUAAAAUUAAGAAAGAAGGCAGAGGAGACAGUUAUCCUUUUGUGUUCAAUGACAUCAUGGGUCUGGAAGACGAAGAUGGAAGAGGAGUCAGAACAGAAGACAUCAUUCUGGCCUUGAAGGGUCACGUGAAGGAUGGACAUAAGUUCAGUCCUUCAUCUUCACUUUCUCCUGGUGAUUCUGGCUACAAACCUUCCCCAUCCAUCAGUGACAGAGUUCAUGUUCUGGUUUGUGUUUAUUCUGCUGAUGCACCACAAAUGAAAUCCUCUGUUCUAAAGAAAAUGAAGGAAAUCAGAGAAGCAGCCAGUGAUCUGGGAAUCCCUCAGCUGGCGAUUCUCACCCACAUUGAUGCAGCCUGUGAGGAAACGGAAACAAAUCUGAGAAACGUCUACAGGAGCAAACAUUUAAAGAAAAAGAUGAGAGACUUCAGCUCCAGUCUGGGGAUCCCAAUGAACUGCAUCCUCCUAAUGAAGAACUACAGCAGUGAAACUCAUCUGGAUCCAGAUGUUGAUGCUCUGAUCCUGAAUGCUCUGAAACUGAUGAUUGACUUUGGAGACGACUACACUGACACACUCUUGGAAAAAUUGUAUCAUUAUCAAUAUAUUAUCAUAUGCUUUCUCAUUGGCUUUUUAUCUUAUGUGUACUAUUUUCAUGCUUAGUUGCACUUCUGUACUAUGUAUACUCAUUUACUCAUUUGGUUUACUUUGCUAAGAAUUAUUUUGCAUUUAUUGAUUACAUUGAUAUGAGUUAACAUUUACGUAUUUGUCGCUGUUAAACUAUGUUUAGAGACAUAGGAUGGUUUAGAUUUAGAACAAUGUAGAUGGUUGAAGUGGAAGCUGGGAAGUGAGAAUUUAUGAAAAGGUUCAAGUUUAUUGUUUUCUGUCAUGAGGUGAAGACUGGGUGCAGAAGAUAAGGAUGCAUUGCUUUGUGUGAAGAAUAAUAAUAGUGAGAGCAUCUCUGUGUUAGAAGGUUGAUAACUUAUUGUACCUCAUUGUCUUCUCUUUGAUCAAGCAAAGCCUUGAAAUGAACAUUCAAAUCCAUAGUAUUCAAAUAAAAACAGAUUUUUACUCAAUGUAUGAAUGUAUCAUGUAAUCUUAUAUGUCUUUCUAUAGAUCACCUGAUCUAUUAAAACUGAAAGUGAAAAUAAAAUUGUUCGAAUUGCUUUGUAAC